UGUAUGAGUGUUUGCAUAACAACAACAUUACUGUCACUGUAUUUCCCAAAAGUAUUUCAUUGAUUCAUAUCAUUGCUGUAUAUAUGAUAUAAACAGCGAUUUAAAUGUCAAACAAAAUGUGUGAAAAUUAAUGUAUUUGUCGACAAAAUUAUGGCAAAUGAUUUCAAUUUAUUGUCUGAAUUAUUGGAUAUUAAGCGACAAAACAUCGAUUGGGAGAUAAAACUUGAAGACAACCACUUUCUGGACACACAUUUGAAGAGAGAUCAACAAACAACACAAGAAUCAGUCGACAAAAGUGACCAUAAGUUUUGUAUUACAUUGAGUCCCAAUGAUAAUAAUCAAAGACAUGAUAUCAACAGUGAAUUACCACCAAUUAGUGUCAAUGAUUGUGCCAAACAAGUGUUGAUCGCUAGAACUGAUACCGAUAUGAUGGCCGCCAACACUGAUGGCCGUAACGCUGGCCAUGUUUACGAUGGUAUCCGUAAUGUUGAAGAGUUUGUUGAACGCCGAAAGAUUAAUGGUAUUACUUGGUAUCACUGCAAAUGGCAACAAUGUCAGUACGCCAGCAAUAAAUCUAACCAUUUGGUACGACAUAUACGUAAGCAUACCGGGGAACGACCAUUUUCAUGCAGUUGGCCUAAUUGUGACAAAAAGUUCACCGAUUCGUGGAAACAAAAGGAUCAUAUAUUAACACAUCAACGAAAAGCAAUGUCUAUUACUGCCAGUGCCUCCAAUGAUGUCAACAAAAAUGAUCAAAAAUUAAAACUAUUUUUUGAAAUGCUUAAUGCAAAUAACAAAAGACUAAAUGACUCCUCAACUGAUGAUAAGAUGAAUGAAACAACUAUUGUUAGAACAGAUCUAAGUCAAGAAGUGCAAGAAAAUGAUCUUCAAGACGAUGACGACAAUUCAAAUUGUGACUUAAGUUUGUUAAUACCUGAAUGUAUUGUUAGUGAAGUCGAUUCAACUGUUGAUAAUGUGGAUAAUGUGACCACAACUACCGGUACUGAUCAAGUUGUCAGCAAUGUUGGACAAUACUUUGAUACUAUACUUAUUGAUGGAAAAGAGUGGUAUAGAUGUAAAAAUAUUAGUUGCAGUUACAGUACUCAUAAUUGUCAUACAAUAUUAAAACAUAUACAGACAUUACAUGGACUGGCAGUGAAUGAGCGCCUGUUUAAGUGCGAGUGGCCAAAGUGUGGCAAACGAUUUAGUGAUGCCUACAAACUAAAAGAGCAUCAAUUAACUCAUUAUAGAAAAGUGAUUAACACUAUUGGCACCAAUAAUAGAAAUUCAGUCGAUCUGUUUUUUGAUCUCAACAAUAAAACUAAUGAUAAUAUUGACAAUAAGAUAAUCGUUAACGAAGUGAACAGUUUGAUGCAAAUUAUGGCGAAUGGUUCGACAAAUAUGACAAAUAAUGCCAAUUCAAUGACCAAUACAUCUCUCAACAAAAUUACAUUUAAUGUGAGUGACGAACAAAUGACACAACAAGUGACCCCCAAGAAAGUGGUGAUGUCUAUCAAAAAUGUUGAACAGUAUGUCGAGCGCCAAAAAGUGGACGGUCUUACCCGUUAUUUUUGCCGAUGGCCUAACUGUUCCUAUUCUAGUAACAAAAGUAAUCAUUUAGUUCGUCAUAUUUGCAGUCAUACUAAUGAUCGAAACCAUUGCUGUGAUGUUCCCGGUUGUGGUAAAAGGUUUACCGAUGGCUGGAAGUUAAGAGAUCACAAACUGUGUCAUAAUAUUAAUGUAUCGACUACUGUAAGCACCAAUCAUACAUCAAUACCAAACACUGGUAAUAUUACCACAACAACACCAGUGACUACUGUACCCAAUCUAACAUAUUAUACUCCUAACAAACUUUUACUGCAAAGUUUAUGUUCGCCACCACUUCCAGCAAUGCCAACACUUCAAACACCGCCUACGAAUAGAUUGACUUUUAAAGGUAAAAGUCCUGUGGAUAUAGUGAUGUCUAUUAAGAAUGUGGAACAAUAUGUUGAGCGACGCAAAGUCAAUGGAAUCACUUUUUAUUUCUGCAAAUGGAAAGACUGUAAUUAUGGAUCAAAUAAAAGCAAUCAUUUGGUUCGUCACGUGCGCUCACACACCGGUGAACGUCCUUACAGUUGCGAUGAAUGUGAUAAAAAAUUUACCGAUUCUUGGAAAUUAAAAGAUCACAAAUCAAUUCACGCUAAGAAAAAUCUGGAAAAAUCAAUUAGUGAACAAAAUAUGGCAUUUUUGAGUUUAAUUCAAAAUAAUCAAAAUAACGAUUUAGAGAUUAGUCUUACAGAUACUAAAAAAGUACAUAAUUUGUCCAAUGAUUUAAUGGACAAACAAGAGUUAGCUCGCAAUGAAUUCAAUGAAAGAUCUAUCAGUGCUUUGCUUUCUCCAAACAAUAAUAAUAAAGAAGUCGUACCGUUAGUUGCCAACGACGACAUGGAAGAUGAUAAUGACUUUAAUGAUGACGAAAUGGAUCUCUUAGUGCCUCAAGUAAUUAUCAGUGAAUUGGAGGACACGACUAUUAAUUUGAAUAAUUUUGAAUCACAAGAAACAAUGACUGUCGAUGCCAUCAAAGGAGGUGACGAUGUCUGCGAAGACUCUAAUUAUGGUAUACUAUCGAUAAAAAAUGUUGAAAAAUAUAUCAAUAAAAUAGUGAAAAAUGAUGGCAAUUGGUAUGAAUGCAAAUGGGAUGGAUGUCUAUUCAAAACACAAAAGAGCAGUUACGCAGUCAUACAUGUCUAUAAACAUUUGGGUCAAAGACCAUAUAAAUGCAAUUGGAAGGGAUGUGACGCCAAAUUCAAUAAAAAGCAAAAUCUAACCAUUCAUAUGAUGUCACACACUGGGCAACAGGUAUUUAAAUGUCAAUAUCCGCACUGUUAUUAUACUGCAGUCAAUGCCGAAGCUCUUAAAAGUCACGUUCAAAAACAUAACGGAGAAAAACUGUUUCAUUGCGGUUGGAGUGACUGUAGCGCACAGUUCGCCACUAGUGUUGAACUAUUGAGACACUCUAAGACACACACCGGUGUCCGGCUCUAUAAAUGCCAUUUUCCUAACUGUUCUUAUGUUUCAAAAUAUAAUAAUAAACUAACAAUUCAUGUGAGACGACAUACCAAUACUCGACCGUUUAAAUGUGAAGUCGAAAAUUGUGGCAAAAGUUUUAUCGUCAAAGACAAGCUUAGACGUCAUGAGGCAUCUGUACAUAAAUUAAUGGCUAAUACCCGACAAUACCAACAAUUAGUACCAUUUAGUUACCCAUUAACCUUACCUUUUAGUUAAAUACAUAUUUGUUAUAAAUGAUUGCUUUAUGUAAUCAAUUUGUUUAUCUGUAAAUAAUUAAACAUUCCGUGAGAUUUAAGUCUAU